GCGCAGGCGCGGCCGGCGCGUUUCCCCGGGCUACAGCCGUCGCCGCCGCCUGCUCGUCCGCCGCCCUGCGCCAUGGCGGGCUGCGCGGCGCGGGCUCCGCCAGGCUCCGAGGCGCGUCUCAGCCUCGCUACCUUCCUGCUGGGCGCCUCGGUGCUCGCGCUGCCGCUCCUCACGCGCGCCGGCUUGCAGGGCCGCACCGGGUUGGCGCUCUACGUGGCCGGGCUCAACGCGCUGCUGCUGCUGCUCUAUCGGCCGCCUCGCUACCAGAUAGCCAUCCGAGCUUGUUUCCUGGGGUUUGUGUUCGGCUGCGGCAUGCUGCUAAGUUUUAGCCAGUCUUCUUGGAGUCACUUUGGCUGGUACAUGUGCUCCCUGUCAUUGUUCCACUAUUCUGAAUACUUGGUGACAGCAGUCAAUAAUCCCAAAAGUCUGUCCUUGGAUUCCUUUCUCCUGAAUCACAGCCUGGAGUAUACAGUAGCCGCUCUUUCUUCUUGGUUAGAGUUCACACUUGAAAAUAUCUUUUGGCCAGAACUGAAGCAGAUCACCUGGCUCAGUGUCACAGGGCUGCUGAUGGUGGUCUUCGGAGAAUGUCUGAGGAAGGCGGCCAUGUUUACAGCUGGCUCCAAUUUCAACCACGUGGUGCAGAAUGAAAAAUCAGAUACACAUACUCUGGUGACCAGCGGAGUGUACGCUUGGUUUCGGCAUCCUUCUUACGUCGGGUGGUUUUACUGGAGUAUUGGAACUCAGGUGAUGCUGUGUAACCCCAUCUGCGGCGUCAGCUAUGCUCUGACGGUGUGGCGAUUCUUCCGCGAUCGAACAGAAGAAGAAGAAAUCUCACUAAUUCACUUUUUUGGAGAGGAGUACCUGGAGUAUAAGAAGAGGGUGCCCACAGGCCUGCCUUUCAUAAAGGGGGUCAAGGUGGACCUGUGACGGGCAGUGGCUCCGGUGACCUUGGGGCCUCCAGCCCCGUGCAGCCUGGGACAAAACUGUUUCUGGUCGGCCGCUGCAACAUGGAUUUUCUUAAUCGUUUUACAUCAUUAGUCACUCUUCUGGAAUGUCACUCAAGACCAAGCGGUCAGAAGGCCUGAGGACCCAAGGCCCCACUGGAGCAGUCUGUCCUUAUGCCGAAUCAAGGCAGAACAUGAGUGAAAGACGAAUAAGAGGCAAAUCACAGCAAUAUUCCACAGCGCCCUCCAGAGUGACCUGGGGAGGACCGAGGCCACACGCCACUGCCCCCGAGGCCAGAGUGUAAGUAAGGGAUAACCAGGACUCCCUGGGAGAGAUGGACUCUGUCCUCAGCAACACUUCCACAGCAGAGCGGGGUAGCAGGUACCCCUUCUUAUCAGCAUUAAAAAUGCAUUUACAACCUUUCAUUUAACCGAAAAACACAAACCGCUUUAACCUCCUUAUUUCUGUCCCUCACUGCAUGAACAUCUAUACAAUUUUAAAAAUAUUUCCUCAUAGGAUGCUUUGGCCUUUCAUCUAUUUAAUCAUAGCUACAUAUCUAUUUUUUAUAAGUAGCAGUACACAUUCAAAGGGGUAUUCCUAGCUCAACGCUUGGUGUUCUAGCUCAACUUUUAUCCUGCAGCAAGUAAGCCUAGAUACCUCCACACAAUUUGGCUGAGUGGCUUUGUGUGAACGUGGCCCCAGGCCAAGGGGAUCAUGGCCCUGGCCGGCUUUCCUGGGGGUCUCAGCUCCUGUUGUCAGUGACAGGCGGCUCAAAGGAGCGUCCAUUUCUCUUGAUCCAGAAGUGCUAAGUGAAUGCCUGCUCUGUGCAUGGCCUUAAACAUUGAGAAGUGCUGCUCUCCAUUUAUUUGGGAUUUGAUUCUCAUUUUACCAUAGCUUAUAUUCUCAAUUUCAAUGUCAGUCUCAGAACUCUUGUUUUAUGUGUUGUGUUCUCAAAUUACAUUGUCCCUCAUGUCAUUUCAAACUGUUUUCAAAGGGAUUUGAACAUACACAACUACAAAUCCAAGCAGACUGACUCUCAAAAAUAAUCUUAAAUAUUGCAAAUAGUCCCAACCAAGAUUCAGUCAAUAUGUUUGUUUUGCAAGUUUAGGAGAGUAGUUGGCUUUGAGUCACACAUGGAAGCUUUAAGAGGUGAAACGCUGGCUUCAUUCUGGACUAGACAGGAACUUGGCCUCAGCGUGAGAUCCUGCCAUGCAGUGUUACGGUGGCACUGAAGAAGUAUGAAUGUGAAGGCGUGGGCUUGGGGCCAGAGCACCACUCUGCUGCCCCACCACGCAGCUUGUGAGGAGCCACUAAACCUUUCCGUGCCUAGACCUCCCCAUCUGUGGAAUGGGGUCAAUACCACCUACCUCACAGGGGUGUUGUGAGGACUGAGAAGAACAAUGUCAAAUGUUUUUAAUACUUGGAUGUGGGGGCGACAUCAAUGAAAUCUGUACUGUAUAAAAGCUACACAAAAAUGGGCAGACAUUUGGUUAAUUGUACCAGAUACCUAAAAUGUAUGUUCAGAAAAGCAUUUUAUCAACUCAGAGAUACGACGUGUUUCUAGAUUUCAUGGCUUAAUGAAUUUUUUCAUUGUUAUAUAUACCAAAGAGGCUUACGGGUUCAUUGAUUACUAGUAUGACAGCUGCUGGUUUGAAAACCAGACGGCCAGGCACGGUGGCUCACGCCUGUAAUCCCAGCAAUUUGGGAAGCCAAGGUGGGUGGAUCAUGAGGUCAGGAGUUCAAGACCAGCCUGGCCAACAUGAUAAAACCCCGUCUCUACUAAAAAUACAAAAAAUAGCUGGAUGUGGUGGCGGGUGCCUGUAAUCCCAGCUACUCAGGAGGCUGAGGCAGGAGAAUCCUUUGAACCCAGGAGGCGGAGGUUGCAGUGAGCUGAGCCAUUGGACUUCAGCCUGGGCAACAGGGUGAGACAAAAAAAAAAAAACAAAACCAGACAGACUUGCCCAUCGGCCCUCACAACAUGCAUGCAGUGGGACUCUAGCCAAGGCGGUGGCCAAGCCAUCAGUAACAAUUUAUCUGGAGUGAAUGAAUGAUCCCCAGUGGGACCACGCAUGCCUAGGGCAGCAAAUUCCACUUCCUAGAACUGCAGACCGGGAGAGGAUGUAGUUAGAUUCUGGCAGCCCGCCCCGGCUCUUUGAGGGAAGGUUCUUUCCCCUGCUCUGAGUAGGGCGGGCCCAGCCUCCAUUCCCAUUGGGAGCCACGAAGUCGUCUUGUUGAUAGGUGUAGGGCAGCUGUUGGCAGCCGCUGGCCUUGUGGAUGGUAAGCUGACGGUGUUGGCAUUUAAUGCCAUCCUCCAUCUGCCAGAACCCAGAAAGUCCACCUUCCUGCCAGGCCCACCAGCUGGAAGGAGCCCAGGAGGCAAGUCUUAGGGUUUCACGGUGAAAUGCUGCCUGACACCAGGGAAAACCUGACAUUGUAUUCUGCUUGAGAGAGGAAUUCCAGGGGUAGGGAUGGUGAGAGAACAUUCCCAGCCUCUUUAUAAUCCCAGGGCAGCAGUCAGCAAUUACUUAGGGAUAAAAGAUGAACUCUUUUUUUUUUUUUUUAGACGGGGUCUUGCUCUGUGGCACAGGCUGGAGGCUGGAGUGCAGUGGCACCAUCUCGGCUCACCACAACCUCCGCCUCCCGGGUUCAAGCGAUUUUCCUGCCUCAGCCUCCUGAGUAGCUGGGAUUACAGGCUUAAGACACCAUGCCCGGCUCUUUUUUCGAGACGGAGUCUCACAUUGUCGCCCAGUGGAAUGGCACUAUCUCCACCCACUGCAACUUCUGCCUCCCGAGUUCAAGCGAUUCUCCUGCCUCACCUCCCAAGCAGCUGGGAUUACAGGCAUGUGCCACCAUGCCCGGCUAGUUUUUUGUAUUUUUAGUAGAGACGGAGUUUCACCAUCUUGGCCAGACUGGUCUCGAACUCCUGACCUCAUGAUCUGCCUGCCUCGGCCUCCCAAAGUGCUGGGAUUAUAGGCGUGAGCCACCACGCCUGGCCAAGAUGAACUCCUUAAGGGCAGGAUUUGGUAAGUGAUUGACUUCUGUUUAGUUCUGUGAUCUUGAGAUUAUUUUUAGCUUUAUAAAUUUAGCAGUGGCAGGGCCCGCAGAGAAUCAGGUUAGUGCGGUAAAGGCCACAUCACCAAUUUUCUCAAUUUAAAAAACUGUCAAGAGAUUUAUUUUUCCAUUGCAGGUUUUAAAGUGGAGAUUCUUAAGUGGAAAAUAGGUACUGCUCAGAACAAAGCUACUUGGAAACAGCACAACAUGAAGCCUUUCGUGAGGGCUUGCAGGCCGCUGCUGAGUGGCAGUUUACAGAAGAGGUCGCGGGGUGAGCCUCUUAGGACAGAAAACAGAAGGCAGCAGUGCACCUGCCACCCCUUUGUUGGUGCGAGCUGCUCCUUGAGCCUAAAAAGUAGGCUUUAUUCAUCCCUUCUGUUCAUUUACCAACCUGGGGGAUUGAUAUGACCAGGGAAAACAUUCCUAAACCAGGAAGCUGCACUAGCCGAUCAGGCUUGGUAAGGUCUCGGCCACAGCUGGCUGCUAGGAGUACCCCCACGAUAGGCACAGCACACCACUGUCCCUUCGCUGCACUUUCUUCCUGCCUUAGGUAGGUGGGCUUGCCCACCAUAGUUUGCUUUUGUCGUGGUUUGGCAAGGUUAGAAGACCUCGACCUCUCUGUCUUGCUGGGAAGUGCUUACUCUCUGGGCCACUGCUGCAGAAGACGUGGUACUUGUCAUGGGUUUGGAAGACACAGCCAUCUGCAGUAGAGGCAGCCUAUCCCAUUGCAAGGAGAGGAACUUAAUGGAGUAAUUAUUCUACUCUUCUUUUUACAUACAGAAAUGUUUAUUUAAAUAUUCUAAAUUGGAUUUUCUUUCACAGAUACUGAUUAUUCUUUCGAGUUCUUAAAUAAAACGGCACUUGAUUUCACUCAA